ACGUUCAGAGCUGUGAAUGAAGCACGCCUGCGAAGUCUAAGUCAGACCUGAGCCACGAACAAGCAUGAUAAACUCGACUCCACACAGACGCCAGACAACACGGUCCUCCUCCUCCAAAGAACCAGACAGCGUUGGUGAAGCAAAUGAAGAUUAAGGAAAUAGUACGGAUAGCUGAAUGGUGAAGAAAUGGAUUCUAUAACAUCAGUCAUACCAUUAGAUUGAUUUUCACUGGAUUUGGAUUAACUUUAUCGUAUAACUUUUAAGCUGGUACUUCCGUAAGUGUGAUUGAGUUGCUUGCACCCAACUUCUCUAUUAGUUGCUAAAUCCUCUGUAUGCACGAUGGAUGGUAGCCAGCGGCAAGAAAAUAGCCAACAGGCCGUGGAUCACCAUAGAGGAGUACCCUUCCUGGUAAAUAGAAAGCUGAAGUUUUGUUAUUUUGUUAAAGGAUGUGCCACUGGAAUCAUUUUAUUAUAAUGGAGUUUAACGGCGCUAUGAAUAAUGCCUUCCCGACAUCAGGUGAAGGAACUGAAUGCUCUAAAAGUUUUGGAGUCAAAUGAGAGUUCAACUUUACAAAUGCUUGAUUGGAAGAGAUUGUCAAGUUAAAGUUAAAGCAUUCCGACACCUUCCACACUUACUUGUUCAUUAUAUGUCAGCUUCUACCCAGCAAAACUUGUCUCCCAAACUUGUUAUUAGCCAUGACCACUCUGUUCACUUGUCUUACAUGGAAAUAACCCAGAAGUUUUAUGAUGCUAUGAAGGCUUGUUCUUCGAUUGAGGUGAUACCUAUUGCACGGAAAAUUCAUGCCCAACUCAUAAUCUCUGGUCUGGACACUUCUACUUUCUUGCAGAACAAUCUACUUCAUAUGUAUUGCAAUUGUGGGUUGAUUGAUGAUGCAUUUCGGGUUUUCAGCGAUAGCAAUCAUCGUAAUAUUUUCAGUUGGAAUACAAUGAUCCAUGGGUUUGUAGAUUCAGGUUGGGUGAAGGAAGCAGAGGAUCUGUUUGGAAAAAUGCCUAUAAGGGACUCGAUUUCUUGGACCACUAUGAUGUCAGGCUACUGUCAAAAUGGAAGGCCUGGAGAUAGUAUUAAAACUUUAAUGUUAAUGGCCUGGGAUUUUAAUUAUGUUAUUGAUCCGUUUCCCUUCUGUUGUGCAGUGAAGGCUUGUGCCUGCCUUGGCUGCAUUAAAUUGGCUGUUCAGUUGCAUGGCCUUGUGAUGAAAUUAGGUUUAUUUAGUGAAAUUUGCAUUAAUAAUGCAAUUGUUGAUAUGUAUAUCAAGUGUGGAGCUGUCAGUUCUGCUGAGAAAGUGUUUUCUAACAUUGAGAAUCCAAGUUUAUUUUGUUGGAACAGCAUGAUAUAUGGUUAUUCUAGAUCAAAUGGAGUUCAGAAGGCUCUCAGUACAUUCUCUCAGAUGCCUGAACAUGACUCAGUUUCUUGGAAUACAAUGAUCUCAAUUCUCUGUCAACAUGGCUUUGGGGUCCAGAGUCUCAGUAUGUUUGUUGAGAUGUGCUCUAAGGGAUUUCGAGCAAAUUCUAUGACCCAUGGUAGUGUACUAAGUGCAUGUGCUAGCAUAUUUGAUCUUGAGUGGGGUAGUCAUUUGCAUGCUCGGAUUCUUCGCAUGGAACAUAAUAUUGAUGCUUUUACAGGGGGUGGGCUGGUUGACAUGUAUGCUAAAUGUGGGUGCCUAGAAUUUGCAAGGCGUGUAUUUGACAAUUUGGCAGAACAUAAUGAAGUUUCAUGGACUUCCUUGAUCAGUAGAGUGGCACAGGUUGGACGUGAAGAAGAUGCAUUAGCACUAUUUAACCAAAUGAGGUGGUCUCCAGUGAAGCUGGAUGAGUUUACCCUUUCCACUGUACUUGGGAUUUGUUCAGGUCAAAACUAUGCCACAAUUGGAGAAUUACUUCAUGGAUAUACAAUAAAGAGUGGAAUGGAUUCAUCUGUUCCUGUAGGGAAUUCUAUCAUUACAAUGUAUACUAAGUGUGGAAAUAUUGAGAAAGCUGGCCGCGUAUUUGGAUUAAUGCCGAUUAAAGAUAUAAUAUCUUGGACAGCAAUGAUAACUGCAUUUUCUCAAAUAGGAGACAUUGAAAAGGCUUGGGAAUAUUUUGAAAACAUGCCUGAGCGUAAUAUCAUUACUUGGAACUCAAUGUUAAGCAUGUAUGUUCAACAUGGUGGUUGGGAAGAAGGUCUUAAGUUGUUUAUUUCAAUGAGAAGGAAAGGAAUUGAACCAGAUUGGAUCACCCUCACAACUUCAAUGAGCGCAUGUGCUGACUUGGCUUCUUUAAAACUUGGGAUGCAAGUUGCUUCUCAAGUUGAAAAGUUUGGCCUUAGUUCUGACAUUGCAGUUUCAAAUGCUAUCAUUACCAUGUACUCAAGAUGUGGGCAAAUCAGAGAAGCGCAAAAAGUUUUUAACUCAAUAAAUGAGAAAAACCUGGUUUCUUGGAAUGCUAUGAUGGCAGGAUAUGCUCAAAAUGGUUUAGGUAGGAAAGCAAUUGAGACAUUUAAUGAUAUGUUGAGGACAGAGUGCACACCUGAUCAUAUAAGUUGUGUUUCUGUUUUAUCUGGUUGCAGUCACAUGGGACUGGUCGAAGAAGGGAAACAUUAUUUUGACUCCAUGGUAAAAGAUUUUGGCCUUUCUCCAGCAAAUGAGCAUUUUGCUUGUAUGGUAGAUCUGCUUGGACGAGCUGGGCUACUAGAUCAGGCCAAGAAUUUGAUAGAAGGAAUGCCUUUUAAGCCAAACGCCACUGUAUGGGGGGCUCUGCUAGGAGCAUGUCGGAUCCAUCAUGACCCAAGAUUAGCAGAAAUUGCAGUAAAAAAUUUGAUGGAGUUGAACGCUGAAGAUUCCGGAGGUUAUGUUCUUCUAUCAAAUAUAUACACUGAUUCUGGGGAGCUAGAAGGUCUUGCCAAUGUGAGAAAGAUGAUGAAAGAGAAAGGAAUUAGAAAGAGCCCAGGUUGUAGCUGGGUAGAGGUUGACAACAGGGUGCAUGUAUUCACCGUAGAUGACACCAGUCAUCCACAGGUAAAGGAAAUUUACAUGAAAUUGGAAGAGAUGACGAAGAAGAUAGAAGAUACAGGAAGAUACAUUUGUGCUGUUGACGGUCAUCGGAGCCAAAAGUACCAUAGUGAAAAGCUUGCUUUUGCCUUUGGCCUAAUUAGCUUGCCGUCUUGGAUGCCCAUACGUGUGAUGAAAAAUCUUCGUGUCUGUGAUGACUGUCACUUGGUGAUAAAGUUAAUGUCUUAUGUCACCUCAAGGGAACUUAUUAUGCGUGAUGGAUAUCGGUAUCAUCAUUUCAAGGAUGGUUUUUGCUCUUGCGGAGACUACUGGUAAAUGGUAAUAUAUCAUAAACAACCUAAAUUUAGCCCCUUUCUUACCCUUCUACCUGUGCAUUGUUUUCUCUUCGCAAUAGAUAUGUUUUUUUUCUCAAAUUAAUGCUUCUUAUGUUGAAAUCUUUUUCUUUUCUUUUCUUUUUUUGGUGACAAAAUCUCUUUCUUUCUAUACAAAGUAAUAGAUAAAUUGACUUCUGUAGUAUGACAAGUGCAUUUAUUUGAGUUAAUAUAACAUGUGAAAGAGGACAAAGCAGA